AUGCGCAAAGAAGCACACAAAUUCGAACUCCUCCGUGUGCUCAAUGUCGAGAGAAAUGCGUUAACGUCGGUGCCUGAGGAACUCGCACAACUGCAGGAGCUGGAGAAGCUGUUUCUCUCCCACAACCGAUUGUUCUUCUCCGAACUGAAUCCGGCUCUUGGGACUAUGGCAAAUCUUAAGCAUCUGGAACUGUCUCACAAUCAGCUCGGUUCUCUGCCCGAUUCCUUCGCUGGACUGGUUGGUCUGGUACGUUUGGACAUAUCACGCAAUGACUUCAACAUGCUCCCAGAAGUACUGUGCCAAAUCCCUAGCCUGCAACACAUCGAUUUCAGCUGCAACAAGAUUAAGCUGAUUCCGGAGGAGAUCGGACUAUUGCACAAUCUCAGGACGCUUGAUCUACAUGAUAACCGAAUCCCACGACUUCCGGUCGAAAUUGGGGAGUGCCGUGAGAUGCAGAGUGUCAAUCUGUCGCUCAACCAACUGGCCGAAUUGCCAAUCAGUGUGGGCAACUGGGGCAAGCUCAAGGUCAUCUCAUUAGAGGACAAUCAGAUCAACGACCUACCUGGCACGGUUAUCAAAUGGGGGGAAGUCGAGACUGUCAACCUACGCAACACAAAGCUGACUGAACUCUCCGACGAUGUGGAGUAUUGGAAGAGCCUGGUCUCACUGGCCUUCGGCAACUUGAAAUAUAUGCAGGAAAUUUCAGCCAGCAUCGGAGAGUUAACGACGCUCACGCACUUGGACCUGUCGCAAGGGCAGCUAACCACUCUGCCCGAGGAGAUUAGCCAACUGUGCAACCUCAAGUGGCUGGAUGUAUCCAAGAACGCUCUAUCGCAUCACACCUUCCCCAAUGAGGCACUCGGCAAGCUAAAGACACUGCAGGUGCUGAACCUAGGAUACAACAAGAUCAAUAUCAUUCCCGAUGAGCUCUACCAACUGUCAGAAUUACAAAUAUUGUAUCUGGAGGACAACGGAAUCAUGAUGCUGGAUGAUGAAAUCGCCAAUCUGAAGCAACUGCGCAAGCUUCACCUAGCAUUGAAUUUGCUCGUGAGUGUCACCGAUGCCUUUGGAGAGUUGACCAACCUCGAAGUGCUGGAGGUGAGAAACAACGAACUCGGCCACCUGACACCAGAGAUAGCCAAGUGCACAAAGCUGCGAAAGUUGGAUGUGAGUAACAACAAGCUGGUAGAGCUUCCCGUGACUAUGCAUCGAUGUGUCCAGCUAUCGAUCUUCGAGUUCAAGGACAACCAACUUCUAGUGCCACCAAAUCCAAUAGUGGCUGCUGGAUUCGAUACUAUCAUGACAUACCUCAAGUCGAAUGAUCCGACCUGGGAUGAGAAGGAGGAGAAAAAGAAGGCAGAGAUGCAGAAGAAACAGAGCCGUGCUGCGAUGAAAAUAGCCCACAGUAAUUUUUCAGCGUCAAUGAAAGGUGUUUCGCCUACAGAGUCGACAUGUGAUACAGAAGAGAAUAAAGCUAUCGAGAAGCAAACGUCCACUGUCGCUACUGAAAAUGCUGAAGCACACUCCGAGGCAGUGGACUCCAAAAAGUCUGCUACGGAUUCUAUUGAAGAGGAAACAAAAAUUACGGCUGAUCCUGAGUUGCAACCCGCUGAAGCUUACGAGCUCAUUGCCAGCAUGGAAGCAGACACUGCCACUGGUAAACAGACAGACGAUGUUGAAACAGACAAGGGUUCAGCUGAGACGCAUGGGAGUGUAGCUGCACCAUCAGAGACACGUGAAGCCGUGGCGGUGAGGGUCCAACCACCGGCGCCUGUGAGGAAGGACACUGUGGAUGAUCUGUUAGCUGACUUGGCCGAUGUGCUGCCAGUGGACAGCCCUGUGAGUGUGAGCGGUCCAAAGACGGUGAACGCAGACACCGUGAGUGCGUCGCCUGGUGAUGGGGCGGAUAUAGCGUUAUGUCAGGGCGAGUAGAUAAGCACGGGCAAACGUUUUAAGUACGUGUAAGUUCGAACCGAUGCAUUACAAAGAGGUAUACGUCGGUAGAGUGCGCAUAUGCAGGAUAUGGCAUUGAGGUUUGAUACCAAACAGUGUCCGCGUUAGCACUAGAGCUAGAGUACGCAUGUGCCUCUGCCGUUGACCACAAGCAAAUGGUGGAGGAAGGGAUGGUUUAUCGCUACGAACAGGUUUCGAAGUAUUAGUACGAUGAGAGCAACUUCCAAUUAUAUAGUGCGCCUGUGACAUAUAACAUUAACGACAAUAAUUUUACGACACUAUGAUGAGCUUUUGCAGGGUGUCCUUUGCCUGCGUUGCAGAAGCUUGUUUUGUUCGUUCCAAUAGCGCAAUGAGGUCUUUCUGUUAGCCUCGAUUGCUCAUUCGGCUUAUUCCAAUCCUAA